AUGUGUGAAAAAGAGAGUGAAGUCGAACAGAAAGAAGAAGUCAAGGCUAAAAAUCAUGGAACUUCUCAAGUCAUCCAUCCUCCACCACCUUUUCCCCAAAAGCUCCAAAAGCAAAAACUUGAAAAGCAAUUUCAAAAGUUCAUCAAUGUCUUCAAGAAAUUACACAUAAAUAUCCCUUUUGCUAAAGCUUUCGAACAAAUGCCCAGUUAUGUCAAGUUUUUGAAGGACAUCCUCUCCAAAAAGAGAAAGCUAGGUAAGUUUGAAACUGUCUCCCUUACAGAAGAGUGUAGUGCAAUUCUCCAAAACAAGCUGCCACCAAAACUCAAAGAUCCAGUUGAUUUUAUAAUUCUUGACAUGGAAGAAGAUAGGCAAAUUCUAAUCAUUCUUGGGAGGCCAUUCUUAGCAACUGCUAGAGCUUUGAUUGAUGUUGAAAAAGUGAACAAUUUGACACAUGAUGUUUUCUUAGAAGAAAAUCCCAAUGAUCUUCUUGAAACAUGUUUAGUUGCUAACUAUGAUAGGGAUGAUGAUGAGUUUAUUGAUUAUUCAAAUUUGUUGAAUGCUCACUCCAGAUUUAGAGCUAAUCAUCAAUUUGAGUCUUUAGAUAUUUCAACUUCUUUGGUGCCAGCUUCUAAGCCUUCCAUUAAGGAGCCACCUAUUUUGGAACUCAAACCUCUUCCAACACACUUGAGGUAUGCUUUUCUUGGAAAAUCUUCCAAUCUUUCGGUUAUUAUUUUUUAUGCUCUUACUAGCUUGCAACAGGAAAAGUUAUUGAGAACACUUAGAGAAUUCAAGAAAGCAAUAGGGUGGACCAUAGUUGAUAUUAAGGGAAUUAGCCCUUCUAUUUGCAUGCAUAAAAUUCUUCUUGAGGAAGAUCACAAAGCCACAAUUGAACAACAAAGAAGAUUGAAUCCUAUCAUGAAGGAAGUGGUCAAGAAGGAAAUCAUGAAGUGGUUGGAUGUCGAAAUAAUUUACCCUAUCUCUGAUAGCUCAUGGGUAAGUCUAGUUCAAUGUGUUCCUAAGAAAAGAGGAAUGACUGUGGUGGCCAAUGACAAUAAUGAGCUCAUUCCAACAAGAACGGUGAUUGGAUGGAGAGUGUGCAUGGACUACCGCAAGCUCAACAAAGCUACAAGGAAAGAUCACUUCCCUCUUCCAUUCAUUGAUCAAAUGUUAGAUCGCUUGGCUGGUAAAGAAUAUUAUUGUUUUCUGGAUGGUUAUUCUGGCUAUAACCAAAUUGCUAUUGCUCUUGAAGAUCAGGAAAAGACUACAUUUACAUGUCCUUAUGGCACCUUUGCUUUUAGAAGAAUGCCAUUUGGAUUAUGUAAUGCACUUGCCACCUUUCAGCGAUGCAUGAUGGCCAUAUUCACAAACAUGGUGGAAAAAUGCUUAGAGGUAUUUAUGGAUGAUUUCUCAGUUUUUGGAAAUAAUUUUGAUGAUUGUCUUUUAAAUCUUGCUAGGGUAGUCAAGAGGUGCGAAAAGAGAAAUUUGGUGCUCCAUUGGGAGAAAUGUCACUUCAUGGUGCGAGAAGGUAUUGUUCUUGGGCAUAAGAUCUCUAGUAAUGGCAUUGAGGUAGAUAAAGCAAAAAUUGAAGCAAUCGAGAAAUUACCACCUCCAAUAAAUGUCAAAGGUAUUAGAAGUUUUCUUGGUCAUGCUAGUUUUUAUAGAAGAUUUAUUAAGGACUUUUCAAAAAUUUCUAAAUCACUUUGCAACUUAUUAGAGAAAGAUGUGCCAUUUAAGUUUGAUAAUUAA